CCUUGAACACCCUGAAGGUCUUUCUUUGCCUCAUCCAUUUUCCGAACAACUGCAUGUGUGCCUUUGCUUGGUCCUUCGUCAUACCGACCCCCUCUCUCACUCUCUGACCUACAUGUAUAUCUUACGGUACGGUACGGUACCUACCUAGUGGCUGACUUUGUCUGCGCGCUUGCUUGCUUGCUUGCUGGCUUGCUGGUUGCUCGUCUGCCCCACCGCUGGAAGUAUUUGCCGGCAAUCUCCUCGCUUCCCGGUACCUCAACGCCCAUACAUUUUGCUAGUGUCGCGGCGGUACCCCCCCUUACCCAUGCACCCCUCCACUACCCAGCUCCUCCGCCCCUCUGCCCGCCUCUCUGUCCGCCCCCCGUUGCAGCACCAUCGAGCACCAUCGAGCCCCAGCAAGCACCCCCCAAGGUGACCCAGCAUAGCACCGUUCCAUGAUAUCAUUGGCCGAGAAAAAGCUCGAGUAGCUGACCCCUCCUUCUAGAUGAGCAGAUCCCUCUUCUUCAAAGUUCUGCCCCGCGGCGGUGUUUCUUCUCCCCUCUCUUCUUCUACUAAAACAUCAACUUUCCGGCCUCAGCUCGUCUUCACCAAGCCAGCUACAGCUCCUACAUCCCCCUUCACUACCCAAUUCAAUCCUCGCUUUUUCUCUGCAUCCGCCGCCAACAUGAGCAGCCCACACGGAAGCACCAAGGUCUACUUCGACAUGGAGUGGGAGGGCCCCGUCAUGGAGAAUGGCCGUCCUACUGGUACUAUCAAGACCCAAACCGGUCGCCUAGAGUUCAUCCUUUACGACGGCAAGGUUCCCAAGACCGCUGAGAACUUCCGGGCUCUCUGCACUGGCGAGAAGGGCUUUGGAUACAAGGGCUCUUCAUUCCACCGCAUCAUCCCUGAAUUCAUGUUGCAGGGUGGUGACUUCACCCGUGGUAACGGAACCGGUGGAAAGUCCAUCUACGGUGAGAAGUUCGCCGACGAGAACUUCGCUCUAAAGCACACUGUCCCCGGCAUCCUCUCUAUGGCUAACGCUGGCCCUAACACCAACGGUUCGCAAUUCUUCAUCACCACUGUCAAGACCCCCUGGUUGGACGGUCGCCACGUCGUCUUUGGCGAGGUCACUGGCAACGGUAUGGAUAUUGUCAAGGCCAUCGAGGCCACUGGCUCGCAGAGCGGUGCUGUUAAAUACAACAAGCGCCCCACCAUUGUCGACUCCGGUGUCCUAUAA